GCCCCCACGGUCUGCAGAUGAAGAAAGGAUCACGAAGCAAAGCUACCUGCCCACAGCGGAGAGUGGAGCGCCUGCGCAGCCCGUGGCCCCGCCACUCCGCCAGGGCUCGUCUAAGUAGCAAGUUCAGGGUAGACCUGACGCGACGUCCUCUCAGGUUCCGUGUGUCGACCUCGUGAGCCCUCACGUUCCACGUUUUUAAAAUGAGAGGGUCCGACUAGGUCAUCGGAAUCUCGUGUUCGAUGCGUGCUUGAUGGCAUGUGCGCUCGGAUCGAGACACGGAUGCAGACACGUCCUCGCAGAGCCUGUCAUGGCAAGUCCAGCCAGUCUACCCCUAAAUCCUCUCUGCUCUACGCACAGAGUCUGCAUAGUUCUGGGGAACAUGAGGAAAUAGCAGCAGCCACAGAAACGUGGCCUCGGAUGAGCGCCGGCUCCGGGCACGACCCAGACAAAGUGCUUUGCCAGCAUGGCCUUGCCUACAUCUCCCAGCCCGGGAGGCUGGGAUCCUGUGAUUCUCACGUUACAGACGGGACGAGCACAGCUCAGACCUCUCCAGCGGGCCCAUCUUGGGGCAGCGCAGAAGGCACAGCACAAGGGCUCCCGUUCCCAGAGGUCUCGCCCCAAAGCCCCGUUCCCGUGCUCUGCCAGGCGGGACUGUGCAUGUCUCACAGUCGGCUGCCCGGGCUCGUGUGCCCCCCCCCCGCCCCCCCCGCCCCGCCUCUCCCUCGUUUCCGAAGGCGCUGCCGCGGGACAACUGCUCAGGAGACAAGGAAGGCCCUCCUACGUUCAUGUGCACAGCCAUGCCCUCCAGGAUGUCUUCUGGUGGCCUAUUUUUCAGAGGUUGAACCACCUGGGGUCCCUGUUAACCUGCAGCUUCCUGGGUCCCAGGACAGGGCCUACAGCAUCAGACUCUCCAGCGCUCGAGCAGCUGCUCCCCGAGCUCACGGGGCUGCUCAGCCUCCUGGACCACGAGCACCUCAGCGACACCACCCUGGAGAAGAAGACGGCGGUGGCCUCCAUCCUGCAGAGCCUGCAGCCCCUCCCAGCCAAGGAAGUCUCCUACCUGUACCUGAACACGGCGGACCUGCACUGCGGGCCCAGCUUCGUGGAGUCCCUCUUCGAGGAAUUCGACUGUGACCUGGGUGACCUUCGAGAUGCGCCGGAGGACGACGGGCAGCCCGGCAAAGGCGCCAGCCCCCAGCCGGCCAGGAGCCCAUCUCUGAGACAUGCCGCCGACCCGCCUCCACCGCUGCCCAGCAGGCCUCCGCCUGAGGAGUUCUACGAGGAGGCCCUUCCCCUGGGCCCCGGCAAGGCCCCUGAGUACGUCAGCUCCCACGACGGCUGCAGCCCGGCGCAGUCAAUCGUGGACGGCUACUACGAGGACGCGGACAGCAGCUACCCGGCCACCAGCGUGAACGGGGAGCUGAAGAACUCUUACAAUGACUCUGACGCCAUGAGCAGCUCCUACGAGUCCUACGACGAGGAGGAGGAGGAGGGCAAAGGGCCGCGGCCCACACACCAGUGGCCCUCGGAGGAGGCCUCCAUGCACCUGGUCAGGGACUGCAGGAUGUGUGCCUUCCUGCUGCGGAAAAAGCGCUUCGGGCAGUGGGCCAAGCAGCUGACCGUCCUCAAGGAGGACCAGCUCCUGUGCUACAAAAGUUCCAAGGACCGGCAGCCACAUCUGAGGCUGGCGCUGGACGGCUGCACCGUCAUCUACGUGCCCAAGGACGGCCGGCACAAGAGGCAUGAGCUGCGCUUCUCCCAGGGGGCCACCGAAGUGCUGGUGCUGGCACUGCAGAGCCGGGAGCAGGCCGAGGAGUGGCUGAAGGUCAUCCGAGAGGUCAGCAAGCCUGCUGGGGGCGCUGAGGGGGCGGAUGUGCCCAGAUCCCCUGUCCUCCUGUGCAAGCUGGACCUGGACAAGAGGCCGUCCCAAGAGAAGCAGACCUCAGACUCUGACAGCCUGGGCCUGGGCGACAGCUGUUCCACCCUUGGCCGAGAACAUGGCAAAGGGAAGAAGAACAGCCUGUCGGAGCUGAAGGGGUCAGUGAGCAAGGCUGCCGGCCGCAAGAUCACCCGCAUUAUCAGCUUUUCCAAGAAGAAGGCGCUGGCCGAAGCCCUGCCAGCGUCCGCUGCCGAGGAGGAAGUCCCGUGCUGGGGUCACCUGAACGUGCUGGUGAACCACGGCUGGAAGGAACGCUGGUGCCGCCUCAAGGGCAGCACCCUGUAUUUCCACAAGGACCGGACGGACCUGCGGACCCACGUGAACGCCAUUGCCCUGCGCGGCUGCGAGGUGGCCCCGGGCUUCGGGCCCAGACACCCGUUUGCCUUCAGGAUCCUGCGCGACCGGCAGGAGGUCGCCAUCCUGGAGGCAAGCUGCUCGGAGGACAUGGGCCGCUGGCUCGGGCUGCUGCUGGUGGAGACAGGCUCCAGGGUCACUCCGGAAGCGCUGCACUAUGACUACGUGGACGUGGAGACACUGACCAGCAUCGUCACCGCAGGGCGCAGCUCCUUCCUAUAUGCAAGGUCCUGCCAGGAUCCGUGGCCUGAGCCCCGCGUCUAUGAUGAUGUCCCUUACGAAAAGAUGCAGGACGAGAAGCCUGCACGUCCCUCUGGAGCGCAGGUCAAGCGCCACGCCUCCUCCUGCAGUGAGAAGUCCCAUCGGGUGGACCCGCAGGUUUCGGUCAAGCGCCACGCCUCCAGUGCCCACCAAUACAAGUACGGCAAGAACCGAGCCGAGGAGGACGCCAGGAGGUACCUGAUGGAAAAAGAGAAGCUGGAGAAAGAGAAAGAGACGAUCCGGACAGAGCUGGCGGCGCUACGGCAGGAAAAGAGGCAGCUAAAGGAAGCCCUUCGGGACCGCCCAGGGGCCAAGAUAAAGGCUCUGGAAGAGGCCCUGGGCACCCUGGAGGCUCAGUGUCGGGCCAAGGAGGAGCGCAGGAUAGACCUGGAGCUGCGGCUGGUGGCGGUGAAGGAGCGCCUGCAGCAGUCCCUGGCGGGGGGCCCAGCCCUGGGGCUCUCCGUGAGCAGCAGGACCAAGAGCGGGGAAGCAGCCAGCAAGCCCCAGGGCAGCGCCCCGGAGCAACCUCUCCCUGUCAACUGCGUCUCUGAGCUACGGAAGAGGAGCCCGUCCAUCGUAACCUCCAACCAAGGAAGGGUGCUGCAAAAAGCCAAGGAGUGGGAAAGGAAGAAGACCUAGAAGCAAGAGGAGGAUCUCAUCCAAGGGAAGUAACGCCGGAUCCAUCCAAGGCAGAAAGGCCUUUCUCACGGGAGACUCACAAGACUGGACGUAGCCCGCCCUGUCCAGGGCACCCAAAAGACCAGCCCUUAUUCUCUGCAUGACUCUAGGGAACUGGGGUGGGGGGGGGGGGGGAGAAGGGGGAAUGGAGGCAUCCUUGUAACUUCACGCAAGGUGGAAAUGGGGCUCGAGGGAGCCAGCGGUCUGCAGAGUUACAAAGAUCUUGUUAAUGGCCUGCCUUCCCUUCCGAAGAAGAAAUGAAAGCACAUGUGAAUGA